AUGGUGCGUAGCAGACUGCUUUCUCCAAGCAGUGUACCGCAUAUAAUUAAAACUUUACAGUUGCGUUAUGGUCGACCGGAAACUUUGAUCAAGGCUCUCACCGAGAGAAUUCGUCACCUUUCACCUCCAAGAAUGGACGAUUUGGAAAGUAUAGUUGACUUUGGUAUGGCGGUUGAUAAUUUAGUAGAGCACCUGAAGAUUGCAAACCAACAAUCCUAUUUAACGAACCCAUCACUGCUUCGCGAUCUAGUGGGAAAACUUCCUGUGGAUUAUAGGUUGAAGUGGUCAGCAUUUAAAAGCAAUGUUGCAGAAGUUAACCUUAGUACGUUCGGAUCAUUCAUGUCGUCAUUAGUAGAGCUGGCGUUCGAAGUGAUGGAUGACACACCUACGGGAAAAACAUCCAAAGGAGUUCAUCAGAAGUCCAAAGACCGAGGAUAUGUACAAACUCAUGCAGAGACUUCGGCUGGGCCAUCACCGUCAAACAAUAAUACAGCCACACCAGCAGUGAGACAACCAAAGAAGACUUGUAUUUUUUGCAAACUUGAAGGACAUAGAGUGGCGGAUUGUUUUAAAUUCAAAUUGUUGAACGUUGUUGAGCGGUGUAAAGUGGCGAGUCAGAAUUCCUUAUGCAGAACCUGCCUAAAUCAACACGGGAAAUGGCCUUGUGAAACUUGGCGAGGAUGUGGAAUAGAGGGGUGUCGUAUGCGUCACCACACACUGCUUCACUCGGUUAUACCAUCCGUAUCGACAGUAGUCUCUACAAGCCAUGCAGGCGAACAGACCAGUGGCGGUCCCUUUUUUCGGAUUCUUCCUGUAACUUUGUAUGGGGAAAACUGCAAGCUGGAUGUGUAUGCGUUCGUAGAUGAAGGCUCGCAGCUGACGCUUUUGGAUGAGACGGUUGCGCUAAAGAUGGGGAUGACUGGACCUGCUGAAACUUUAAAUUUACAGUGGACUGGGAACAUCACUCGGAAUGAGCCAAAUUCUAAACGGAUACGUAUGGAAAUUUGUGGUAGUGGGUUGGCGAAACGCUACAAGUUGUUCGAUGCACGCACCGUAGCUGGUCUUCAAUUACCGAUGCAAUCGUUGCGUUAUCAUCGGUUAGCAACAAUCUAUCCACAUUUACGAGGACUGCCAAUAAAUGACUACGUAGACAUUACGCCAAAGCUCCUGAUUGGUCUUGACAACCUGAAACUCACGGUUCCUUUGAAGAUCCGGGAAGGAGGUUGUGGCCAACCAAUGGCAGCCAAAUGUCGGCUCGGCUGGAGCAUAUACGGAUGUGCACAGCCUGUUUCGGAACCAUUUAUAUGUGGGUUUCACGUUGGAGGAUGGACCAAUCCGGAGCCCGAUUUGAACCAGCUAGUUCGCGAUUAUAUAACGCUGGAUGAUUCUGGCGUAGUACCACCGCUAACUCCGCUUGAGUCAGAGAAUGACAAACGAGCGCGUUCGCUUCUUCAAUCUACGACAAUCAAAGUCGGAAACCGAUACGAGACUGGGCUUUUAUGGAAGUGGGAUGACAUCGAGUUUCCCAAUAGCUACGGUAUGGCCUACCGGCGUUUGCGGUCAUUGGAGAGACGACUUAGCAAAGAACCGCAUCUUUACGACUCUGUUCGUCAACAAAUACGGGAAUAUGAAAGGAAGGGAUACGCACACCGAGCUACGCAGGAAGAACUUGUAAACACAAGUCCCGAGAAGUGUUGGUAUUUACCGCUGGGAGUAGUGCUUAAUCCUAAAAAACCUAAUGAGGUGCGGAUCAUUUGGGAUGCUGCCGCGAAAGUUAACGGGGUUUCAUUAAACUCAACGUUGUUGAAAGGUCCUGAUUUUCUGACGUCGCUGAUUGCAGUUUUCUUUCAUUUCCGCUUAUAUGCUUAUGCACUGACGGGAGAUAUAAGAGAGAUGUUUAAUCGUUUCUUCAUCAGGCGAGCAGACCGUCAGUUCUUGCGAUUUCUGUGGCGAGAUAAAUCAACAUCAAAGGUCGAAGUUUAUGUAAUGGAUGUAGCUAUUUUCGGAGCUACGUGUUCGCCGAGCUCUGCACAAUAUAUAAAAAAUCUAAAUGCGCAGGAGUUUGAGGCUCUAUUCCCGAAGGCGGUUGAGGCUAUUCUACAAUACCACUAUGUGGACGAUUAUCUGGACAGUUUUCAAACAGCCGAAGAAGCAGUGAAGGUGGGGAAUGAAGUUAAGCGGAUACACGCAGAAGGCGGGUUUGAAAUCAGGAAUUUUCUUUCCAACGAUCCAGCAAUAGUAGCGCAAGUCGGUGCAGAGUCGAUAGAAGUUGAGAAACUUAUCAAUGCGGAAAAGGGGGCAACUGUGGAGUCGGUUUUGGGAAUGAAGUUGAUCCCAAGCAGUGAUGUGCUCACCUACACUUACGUAUGGCGCCAAGAUCUUCAACAAGCGCUGGGUGAUUUGCAUACACCAACUAAACAAGAAGUUCUUCUUGUAGUUAUGAGCUUAUUCGAUCCGCUAGGUUUAAUUUGCUUUUUCCUGAUUCAUGGCCGAACAUUAAUGCAAGACAUAUGGGCAUCAGGUGCUGACUGGGACGAGCCAAUAAGCAGUACGUUGUGUGUACAAUGGAGGCGUUGGACGGCGCUCCUGAACGAGCUAAAUUCGGUCAAAGUACCCCGGUGUUAUUUCCCUGGAGCCGGAUAUAGUACUUACUCGACGCUCGAAGUACAUGUUUUCGUAGAUGCUAGUAAAACUGCUUUUGCUAGUGUAAUCUACUUUCGAGUGGAAACAUCCCAAGGUGUUGAAGUAGCAUUAGUCGCUGGAAAAGCUAAAGUUGCUCCUCUCAAGAUGAUAUCCAUUCCUCGCUUGGAGUUGCGUGGCGCCGUGCUGGGUUCGCGGUUGCUAAACAGUGUCAUAACUAUGCAUAAAAUCAAAGUAACUAGACGUGUCCUAUGGACAGACUCCGAGAUAGUUUUGGCGUGGUUGCGGUCAGACAGUAGAAAGUUUCAACAGUACCUCGGGUUUCGUGUGGCGGAAAUUCUUUCUACAACUGAUGUAAAGGAAUGGAGAAAAGUUGAAAGUGAAUUGAAUGUGGCGGAUAUGGCGACAAAGUGGGGAGGAGGACCGAGGUUUGACGCGAACAAUCCAUGGUUUCGUGGGCCGAAAUUCUUGUCAGAACCGGAGAGCUUCUGGCCAAAACAACGAACUGUCCCUUAUUCUACUGAGGAAGAAAUUCGUCGAGUUAAUUUGCACGAGAAGAUCGUGCCGUUGAUGGAAAUAAAUAGGUUUAGCUGUUGGGAAAAACUGGAACGCACGGUGGCAAUAGUGCUCAGAUUCGUCGAUAAUAUAAGGCGAUAA